AUGAAUGAUAAUGUUUGGGGUAAUGCCUCGAUUUCCAAUCAAACAGUAGACUCAUAUACAUUUAAAGAGACUUCAGAAGCAUCGACUUUAGAUGGUGAGAAGUUAUCGUUGAUCAAGGAUUCAUUAAAGAAAUGUCCCUCGUUGGAUGAUCCAAAGAUAAAACAAUUACAAGUUCCUUGGAUUGAAUUGGUCCAAUUGAUAACAGAUGAAACAAGAGAUGAAGAAUUUAGAACAUUUGAACAAAUACUACAAAAUGUAAAGGAUGUUAAUGAUUUAUCGUUAACAGGAGUUGCUUUGAUUCAUUAUAUUAUUGCAUAUGAUAGACCAAAUUAUAUUGAAUUAUUACAACAAAGUUCCCAAUCCAGUCCUACUAAAACAAAUUUGAAUUUAAAUUGUACCGAUGGAAUUUGUGGAUAUACUCCAUUGAUGUGGGCUUUUGUUCUUGAGAGAAAAAAUUGUACUAUUGAAUUGUUUAAUUUUUCAGAUCAAAUUGAUUUUACUUAUCAUCAACAAGGUACAGGGUACACUGCUUGGGAUAUGAUUACUCCAGGUUCUUUAAUGUAUGAUUUCCUCAAUGAAAAUAAUAUGCUACAAUACAAUGAUAAACAAUCUACUACAGAGAAUGAUAAUGAUGUGGCAGGGUUGAAUUCAGAUAAGAAUAAGAGCCAUGACGCAAUUGAUAACAUUGAUUUAAAAAUAGCAGGAAUGGGGAUCGGACUUAGUGCUGGUGGUACCUCAUCAACAAAUAUGAACGAAGGUUUUUCAAAUCGUCAUGAUUCAUCAGAUAUGUAUGGUACAGAAUACAAGAAUGACCAGAUGAAUACUUAUGAACAUUUUGAUUUUAAUAAAUUAGUUAAAUAUCAAUAUUUCGAAUUCUCAGAUUAUGAUAUUCCUCAAAUAUUGGAUUUUUUAACGUCAUUACCAAUAGAACAUCAACAUAUGACUACAUACCCUGCUGCACUGUUGUUUCAAUGUAUUAGAUAUGCUGAUCGUAAGAGACAGUCACCACAAUUGGUUCAAUCCUUGGUUAGUUUAUCGUUUACUAGAAUUAUUGCAUCCGUUGCAAAUGAAAAACCAAACAAUAAUAAUAAUAAUAAUAAUAAAUCCAAGAAAGGUCUUUAUAAUCAUGAAAACGGUGAUCAAAAGGAGGAAAACUCAACUCUAUCAAAUUCUGUACCUUUGUCUCAACAAGAUUCAACAUUUCAUGACAACACCCAACCUGAAAAUAAUAACAAUAAAUCAGAUCCAGUUUCAAAAGGUGAUAUCGUUACACAAUCGUAUUGGAUUGGUUCUUUGACGUUCUUAUACUAUUAUCUUUCGAAAGAUGAAUCAUUUUUUAAAAGAUAUCCAGCAAUAAUGCAGGAAUUGAUUAACACGAUGCAUUCAAUAAUGAUAGAAUUAACGGUAUCUAUUCAUUCAAGACUGUCGCCUUUAAUCGAACCCACUCUUAUAAACUAUACUACGAUUAAAGAUGUAGAACAAACUUUAUACAAAAAGGAUUGGAAUUUUUUCAAAAAGAGAAGACAAGCUAAACUUUUAAAGAGGGAAAAAAUGAAAAAAUUGGAACAGCAACAGAAGGAAAGGCAUAGUCUGGAGGUUCCAGAAAAUGGAGACUUAAAUGAGGACAGGAGAGCAAGCAAUGAUAAUAACGGUCUUUCACAUACUUCUUCUAGGGUAUCAAACAAUGACUCAAUUAUUUUCGACAGUGAAGUAUUAAAACAUUUAUUACCUCCAUCAUUACAAGAACAAAUGAAACCAUCUCCAGUUAAGAUUAUUCAAAUUUUUGGUGCCUUAUCGUAUGUUUUAAAUUUACAUCAAGUUCAUCCAUUAUUCCAACAACAAUGUCUAUCUUUGACAACCAGUUGGUUUUCAACAAGUCUAUUUAAUAUGAUUUUAAAAGAUCGUAAGAAGAAAACCUUAUCGAGAGCAAGGGCUAUUCAAAUUAGACUAAAUCUUUCCUCUUUAGAAAGUUGGAUAAAAAACAAUGAUUUACUUGUUCAAAGACCAAAACUUAUUGAUGAUUUUAUGUGGGAGAGGUUUCCAUAUACUCUAGUUCAGGAAUUAAACACUAUUGAUAUGACAAACCCUGUUCUGAAAAGUGUUACCACUUAUAAGCCUGUAAAUGGAUUUACUGAAUCGACAAUCAUUACGGAUAUGUCAAACUCCCUGUUCUACUACCAAAGAUUCCAUAAAAUUGCACAAUGGCAUUUGGAGCCUAUCUUUGAAUUACUUCAAUGGCUACAGAUUGCAACCACAUUAGAUUCAGAAGAAUCAUUGGAGAAUACUAAAGAUUUACUACCAAAAUUGUCCAAUAGUCAGCUUGUCAAAGCCAUUGACAAAUAUCAUUAUGAAGUAAACGAACACAAGUUUAAUUCUAAACUGAAAAAAGCUUUGACUAAUGAGAUCAAAAGACAAGGCUUAACAGAUAAGGUAUAUCUCGACGAAAACCAAAUUCCCCUUUUAACCUUACCAACAGUACCAGAAUUAACAGAUGCUUAUGCUAAUGAAUAUGAAUACUUACCUUUGUUGCCUAAUGAUAUACAAGAUGUGAUGUAUGAUAUUCAUGAUGAAAACUACAAAAUGAGGUUGAAUGAUGAUGGAAUAGCAAACAAUUUGUCGGAAGAAAAAGAUACUACAGAUACUGAUAAAGAAAAUAUUGACAGGAAUAUUGAUAACAAUGAUGAACAAAACAACGAUACAGAUUAUACAUUUACUUCAAACAAAGAGGGCGAUGAUAAUAUAUUUAAAGAAUUAGAUGUACCAUCUGCUACUGUAUCUCGUCCUGUAUGGGCAACUAAUGAUGAUAUUGAUGGUAAUCCGUGGUGA